AAGUCCAAAAUCAAGAUGUGAGCAGAGCCACACCCCUCCCAAGGCUCUGGAAACAUGUCCAGGCUUUCCCAAGACAACCAAGAGUGCCUUCAGAAACAUUCCUCCAGGCCAUCUAUGUGGACGCAAGUUCUGCUCCUAUUUCGGACUAGGAGAUACAAUGCAAACAUUUGCGAGACCACAGAAAAUGAAGGGGACCCCAAGGCUGUGCCUGAUGUCAAGAGUUUUCCCCCUGCACAGCUCCCAGACUCGCCCGCUGCCCCGGAGCUGCUCGGCCUCCUUUCUAGCCCGCUCACCAGCCUCGCGCGGUUCUUCUCUCACCUUCUCCGGCGACCCCCUUCUGAAGCUCCCCGAUGGCACCCGGACUUCUCCCCCCCCACCAGCCCCCGGCUUCCCGCCCUGCCGUCCCCCUGGCUCCCGCAGGGGCGCGAGGAGCUGCCGGGCCGCCUCUCGCUCCUGCUUCGGGCAGCGCUGGCACUGCCCGGCCGACCCCUGGUGGGUAGCCCGCUGAGACCCGCCCGUCCAGUCGCCGAGCCUGGGGAAGAGGACGCCAGCGCUGGGCCGAAUUCGCUCUUGCCCCCCAUGGGAUCCGAGCGGACUGAGACGCGGAAGCGGCCCCCGCCGGCCCCGCAGGAGGCUCCGGACGCCCCCGGCCCGCAGGCAGCGGAGAGUCGAGGGUCCAACGCUUGCUGCUUCUGCUGGUGCUGCUGCUGUAGCUGCUCUUGUCUCACUGUUAGGAACCAAGAUCAGAGAUCCACUAGAGCUUCCCAUGAACUCAGAACAGACCAGCUUCCAACCUGUGAAGAAAGCCCAACCCCUACUCUGGAGGAAGUCCACGCCUGGGCUCAGUCCUUCGACAAACUGAUGAUCACUCCAGCAGGAAGAAAUGCUUUCCGAGAAUUCCUCCGAACAGAAUUCAGUGAAGAAAAUAUGCUUUUCUGGAUGGCCUGUGAGGAACUGAAAAAAGAAGCUAAUAAAAACAUGAUUGAAGAGAAGGCCAGGAUGAUAUAUGACGACUACAUUUCGAUUCUUUCUCCUAAAGAGGUCAGCUUAGACUCCCGGGUCCGGGAAGUCAUCGACAGGAACAUGGGGGAGCCGUCCCAGCACGUGUUCGAUGACGCUCAGCUUCAGAUUUACACCCUGAUGCACAGGGACUCAUACCCCCGCUUCAUGAACUCUGCUCUCUACAAGGAUUUGCUUCAGUCCUUAUCUGAGAAAUCAGUUGAAGCAUAG